AUGAGCCCAGUGAUCCUGGUGGGGCAGGCGGUGGGGCCUGGAGGGGUGAGCUGUGGCGCCCAGGCAGGAGGGGUGGUGGGGUCCCAGUGGGGGGUGGAGUGUGUCCUCUUCAACGAGGAGUACAUGACCUGCAUCUGGGGGACCAGAGAGAAGCUCAAAACCAGCUACUCUCUCUACUACUGGUAUGAGAACAGGCCCCCCGUGGUGGAGUGCAUGCACUACCUGCAGGACCAGGGUGUCAGCGUCGGCUGCCGCUUCAACCAGAGCGAAAUCAUCCAGUAUGAGAACAGGCCCCCCGUGGUGGAGUGCAUGCACUACCUGCAGGACCAGGGUGUCAGCGUCGGCUGCCGCUUCAACCAGAGCGAAAUCAUCCAGUUCCAGACGUUCCACGUCCUCAUCAACGCCAGCCUCGGUGGCAGGACCCUGAGGAUCCCCAGUGAGCCCAUGCAGCUGCAGGACCUGGUGAAACCAGAGGCACCCGUCAACCUGACCAUCCACAACAUGAGUGGCAACCAGCUGCAGCUGACCUGGGCCUCCCCGUACCCCAAAGCCAGGUGCCUGGAGCAUGCUGUCAAGUACAAGAGCAACAAAGACACCAGCUGGACGGUGCGAGAGCAUCGGGUGAAAGGAGAUGUCUUCUCCCUCCCCAGCGUGGACUAUGAGAAGUACUACACCUUCUAUGUGCGCAGCAAAAUCAACAGCUACUGUGGCAACACCCAGCUCUGGAGCGAGUGGAGCGUUCCGGUGGCUUGGGGCAGCAACUCCACAAGCAAGGGUGCCCCCAAGGAGCAGCUGCUCUGGUUCUGGCUUCACACGAUCUUGAUCCCCAUUGCCUGCCUGCUCUUGCUGAUCUUUGUCAUCCUGUUGGUGCGCAUGGAAAGAGUGUGGAUCAUCCUCAUGCCCCGAAUCCCCAAUCCCAGCAAGAACUUUGAUGAGCUCUUCAUCACCCACAAUGGCAACUUCCAGGAAUGGGCUGGAGUCCCCAAAGAUAUUGUAGAGAGCUUCAAGCCCAACUACAGUGAGAACAUCUGCUAUGUGAGCGAGCUACCCCCUAAGGACAGUUAUGAGACCCUCCAGGAGAACAACAACCACUCGCCACUGGUGGUGCCCAGUGCCCCACCUGCCCCCCGUGAGCACAGCCCUUACAAGAGCAGCUACGUGGGAGUGUGA